UUAAUUUGUAAUUGAUUGCCUUAGUGCUAAUAGAAAAAUAUGAAAGCUUCGCAGCACGUUGGUAAGCUCUCCGUGCGUGUGCAAUUAUCACCACUAAUUUACUAGCCAUUCUGUUUCAGUGUAUCACGAUGCUGUCGAAGCAGAUAAACUACAUAUUAAGUUUCAUGCGCUCGGUCUGGUGUUGUACAUCGGAAGGAGCACUGCGAGAUGCUGCCAGACGUAUGCUGGAGGGAGUAAAAUCCCUGGAACCAGAAAUGUACGUCAACAUCGGCCCAGUCGUGGACAAGGAAGAAGGCGACCGAGUUUUCACGUUGAGAGCGAACGUUUCGUCUCCCCGGAUGCCGGUGGUGCUGGUGCACGGCUUUGGUUGCGGCUCAUCCUUUUGGUGCAACAACAUUGAUGCUUUGGCCGAGGACAGGCCUGUCUAUGCCAUGGACCUUGUCGGUUUUGGUCGUAGUUCUCGCGCUGCCGAUUUCGACGAAGACCCUCUGAAGGCUGAGCAGCAAUACGUCGAGACCAUCGAGUUGUGGAGACAAGCAAUGGGCCUUGAGAGGUUUUAUCUUUGUGGCCACUCAUUCGGAGGCUACUUAUGCACCUUGUAUGCCAUGAAGUAUCCUAAUAGAGUAGAGCACCUGGUGCUGGCUGAGCCCUGGGGCUUCCCUGUACGGCCGCCAGGCUACCGCCCCAAGCUGUGGGUGCAGCCCAUAGACUGGGGCGCAGACUACACCCUCGCCUUCUCCUGCAUACGCUACCCCGGCCUCUUCGCAUACCUGUACCUUCUCUUAUUUCCGCCGUUCAUGUACAAGAACUUCGUCAACAUGAAGAACGCUAAACUGAAACUAACAUCGUAUUUCUACCAUGCAAACACACAAUAUCCCAGUGGCGAACGCGCUUUCUUCAAUAUGAUGGCUGGUCUGGCGUGGGCGCUGAACCCAAUCCUGCCCAGACUCGGUGGUCUCAGAAAGGAGGUUCCCAUCACCAUCAUCUACGGAGAGGACACGUGGGAGUGGACGUCUGCUGGCACUGAAGUCAAGGAAUUACGCUCUGAUUCUUACGUCAAUAUCCAUACAAUGAAAGGUGCCGGUCACGCUCUGAAUUCAGAUGAUCCUCAUCAGUUCAACUCCAUCUUGACAAAGUUGUUGAGCAACAUCGACAGCGCGGACAUCCCGAGAAACCCUCUCACGGGCAGCAAACCUCACGUCGAAGAAUUCAAGACAAGCGGCCUGGUGUCGAGUAAUAGAGAGAAGCGAACGAAGCCAAAUUCUUGUCUCAAACAUUCACAUGAAACGAAUCCGAUAAAGGAAAACUCGUGUACAAACUCAACCCACAUUAUCAGCAGCAAGAUUAUUAAUGGUUAUUAUACUGACAAUCACACAGAUGAAUAUUUCUCAAGUGAAGAGGGGAGUGAGUGCCAUGAGUCGUCCGAGAUUGGCAUGGACUCGAGUAUAAGUGAAGUUUACUUCGACACGCUAGAGUAUCCUGAAGUCGAAGGAGCGUCGGAAAAACUAUCAGUUAUGAGAUACAUGCCAACAAAAAAUAGGACUAAAUUAUUGAACACCUCUGAUGAAAUCAUGAGUCAAACAGAGGUGUUAGACUCAGUCCUUAGACAAUGCGAGCUACUUAAACUCUCAGUCAAUUAGUUCUUUUUAAUUUAUCCUAAACUUAUUUUAUAAUGGACGUGGCAUCUUAAGUAUCUUUUGGAUGAUGCCUGACUUAUGCCAUUUAAAAUCUGGUGCUGAGAAAGUUCGCAAAAUCUUAUGUUUCUAUGUAAAUAAUUAUGAUAAUCUAUGUAUUCCUUUCACCUACUUCGAUUUUUCAAUUUAAUGACGAAUGAACAUGUGAUAAACUGUCUCAAAUAUUGUCUAUAUAUUUUUAUAAGUCACCGGGAUUAAGGUGAAUUCUCUGUAUCUAAAUAGUGUCACUAUUAAGCAUAAUCAUUACAUUAAAAAAACCGAACAGCUAAAAAACAAGUAACGUAAUAUCUGGUGUGAUUUUAAGGUCAAGUUUUUUCAACCUCAUACCCGUUGUUUUAUUUCAUUACUUCCAUUAUCUAUUUAUAAUUCAUUGUAUAUGGAUUGAUGUUGUAGAAAUUAAUGUGGAGAUGCUUCUGUUGAUUGAUGUAUUUCCUCAGGAGUGCAGUAGCUUUCAAGUAAAGUUUUUCGCUGUGAAUAGAAGGAAAAUUUUUUGUUCCAAGACUUUUAUAGAAUUUAUUUAUAGCGAUCUUAUUACCAUCAAAUAUAUUGUUAAAGUUCUGUGUUUCAAGUGAAGCAGUUUUUUUUUGUAGCAUUCCAGUUCGGAAUUCCUUUCUAAGUUAUUCCUGUUGUAAUUGCCAUUUGUAUGUAUGCUAUUUCUCGUUUUUUAUGCGUGCCUCUUACAGAAGAUUAAUAAUGUAUUUGACUCUUCACACUUCAUACGGCGGAUAUCACACUUUCUACCCUACAUCCAUAGUAUCCUAAUAUGAUAUUCAUUUUUUAGUGUGGUAUGUUUAGCCGUCAACUGCACUUGUUUUAAUGAGUACUUCAUCUUUUUUAGUCGGUGCUUAUUGGUUUGGAUUAUUAAAACGUCUAAAACGAUGUCAUUUUCAAAUCAUGCUGCGCUUGAUAUCAAAUCAGAAAUAAUUUAAAUUUUUGUUGUGGGCAGCUUAGUUCUCCAUAAAUUGGACAUUUAGCUUCAAAAACUCAAAUUUCUUUUUCUAAGAUUAUAUUAUUCAAUUUUUAUCUGUAGCCAAUGAAGUGAAUAAAAUGGCAUUCCAGCUACACUCAAUUGUUAUUAAAAAAUUGGUAAUUGUUAUUUUAAACGUUUCGCCUCAGUAGUUUCCCACUUACAGAAUUUAUAAGCAUCAAAAAACGGUUUUAAUUCUAAGGAAUAUUUUUGACUGUCGCUUAUUAUAUUUUUGAAUGUGUAAAUUUUUAUGUAAUAUGUAACCGACAUUUGGCUGUGUUGUACAAGCAUAGUUUUAGGAACUUAUUUGUUUUGUUUUAACGAUUUAAACUAUUAUCUUAUCGAAGCAGGUGAAUGGAAAUCAUUGGCGCAAAUAAUUGAAACCCGCGUAGGAGGUUAUUUCCCAGUAUAAAAGUCUCUGUCCUGAGUCUGGGAUUCUUUUAAUAUUAAUGUUCCAAAUUUCA